AUGUGUCAUGCCGUGAUCAGCCACUUCGAUCACAUUCGUGCAAUGUUUUUCAAUUUUUUCUCAAUACAGGAACUGAUACGUUCAGCAUGUGGUGGUCUGGUCAACUUGUUACUUGAAGAUCAUCACCACGAAGCUUGGCGCGCUCCUCCCGCUCCAAAGGUGAAACCCUUUUCAGGCACUGGCACUAUGCUCGGACAUCCAACUCCCCGGCUUGUUCCAUCCAGUACAACAACAACAACAACUCCCAGGCCACCGGUUGAGCAACCAGUUUCACUUCCCGGUCCUUCAGUGGAUGAAUCCAAACCGGUCACUCAGGUUCAAGUUCGUAUGCCUGAUGGUGGCAGGUAUGAAUCCAGUUUGGGUUAA